CCCUCAAGCUGGCAUCAAGAGAAGAUGGAGUCACGUUUAUACUGGCAAGGAUUAAAGCCCUCAGCUGUAGCUGGUGGAUUAAAACAUGCUGACGAUCCCUCCAUCUCUGGACAACACAGAGAUGAGGAGGAAGAUCCAACUGCCAGGAAGUACCACGUCAGGACACACAAACGGCACAAGAAGAAGGACAGGCAGUAUUGGGUUGGACGUAAUCCGCUUUUCUACCAGGUGCUGAGCCCUGUGAAAGUGGAGCGAAGGUCCAGAUCUGCCCAGGGUCUAAACAGGGACGUGGAUUUUCUCUCUGACCCGUUGGUUCAGAGCCACCCCGCUGUGAGCAGCAGACGAGGAGCCACGGCUGAAGAGAAGCAUUCCUCCAUCGGCGGCCACCUCCUGCUCAUGCCUGACACCAGAGAGGAGGAAGACUCCAUGCUCCUCCAUAAACCUGUGAGACCCCGAAGUGCGGACCUUGCGCCAGUACUAAAAGACCUGGAAACCAAUGCUGAUCAUCACCAGCAGUUGAUGGAGGCACACAAAGGCCUGAAGACAUUCAUGGCCCACGUGGAGAGAGCUCUGAGGAGGGACUGCAGCCUGCCCCAGCUCAAGCAGGCGUGUGCCAAGAUGGUCAAAAAGACCAGGCUGCUUCUAAAGGUGCUCCAAGGGAGGCAAGAGAACCAGGAAGCCUAUGAUCCAAUAGAGCAGUGUCGUCAACAAGAGAACAUGAUCAUUCACAUGGCCUUGGGGAAGGACAAGGGGCUCACAGGGAAGAAGCGCUCCCGACAGAGUGAACUUGACUCCCAGCCUGGCCACCCCAGGAAAUUUUUUGUGGCUGAGAAGGUUCUGUGCAAAACUGCCACAGAGAGGGAGGAAGGAUAACAAGGAGGCACAGAAUGUAGAGCAGCCUUUGCUCUACAGGGCAGAGAGCUCCUCCGAGUGUUGCCCCUGUUCCCAGGCUGUUCAUGGAGCAUCCCAGUGCUGUUCCCUGUUCAGCAAGUCUGAAUUGCCAUGGAUUCAACGCAUCAGGGAUGCCUAUGAAUCCCAGAGAUAAGCAUCCCGGGAAGAGGCAUAGUGUGAAGAACAAAGGUAGAAGACUUUCAAGACGUUAAUGGGAUGCCACAAUUGUUCACCUCCCAUUUAGCUGAGGCCCUCCUUGGAUGCUGCUUUGUUUGCUGUUUUUAUUUCUUUAGAUGCUUUUUCCUUGACUGUUAUUUCUUGCUGUCACUGCUGAGGGAAGGCCAGAGGGUGCUGCAGGCAAGCACAAGCUCUGGGACACCCAGAGAAGGCAUCAGUAUCUCAGGGUUUUCCUCAUCCCUUGUCACAAUGUUUUCCCCUGCAUUCAAUAAAAAACAAGUUGGUUCUCGUUC